AUGUUCCAUGCAGAUGUGUCUAAGAAGGGGCGGAUAUCAUAUUGCCCUGUUCCCCUACUGCUUCCUUCGGCGCUCAACAACAUACAUCCAGCUCAACAAUGGCAGGCUCGGAGAUCUUGCCCAUCACCAUCUCCUCCUUAAGCUUCGGCCUCGCUAUGACCGAGUGCCUCUUCGCCAAAGGCGAUACCGUGAUUGAAACGCUCCGAAACCCCGCUGCCAUCUCUCACUUCUCAUCAUCGUACCCUUCCUCGUACCCCUCCUCGCAUCUCUCCGUCCUCCAGCUUGACAUCUCGCAGCGUGCACAGGGCUUCGCCGUGUUUGCGUAUAUCAAAGGGAGAUCCGGAUGGCUGGACUUGGUGUUCAAUAGCGCGGACACGAACAUUGGCGAGGCCCAGAAUCUCAUUGACAAUGAUCAGUACAUGUAGGGCGCGAAGAAAGCGUUCGACACAAAUUUCUGGGUGGCGGUGCAAGUAUGUGGGCGGGGAGGCAGUGCGGUUCUUUCGAGAGGCGAAUUCGAAGGGAUACUACGGGGGCUGUUGUAGACGUGGAAUAGGUUGGACGUGAAUGGGAGGCCUGGUGCAGGGCUAUCGCUUCAAAAGAUGGCAUGUAUGUACGCAGACGAAUGCGGAUGUUAUUGUCAUGUCUGCGAGCUAACCCUCAACGGCUUGAGCGACUCGCUCGCCCAACAGCUCGACCCGCGCUGGAAUAUCAAGAUAAUCAACGUUUUCGCCGACCCCUUCCGUACGCCCCUUGUCGACACGAAUCAACGGUAGUCCAAACAACACCCCCCGAGCUCGAUUCGAUCGCGUCCAAGUUCAGCGAGUACCUGUCGAAUCCCGGGGCAAUGUUGGGCCAUUUUGCUCAGACCCUCACGGGACAACCGCAUCUUGACUACGUUCCUUGCUUCCCCUGGUAAACCUUAACAAUUGUCGCUUGGGUCUGAAAACCUGAAAGCUAACUUGAACUGACCUCGAACGCUCUCUGGACGUCAUAAGUACCGUACUUGGUACUACCCUCGCCUUUAUUCACCGUGUCCACCAUGGCUUACACACUCGCCUCCGCACUCACAUCCUACCUCAGUGCCCUCAACUUCCACUCCUAAAUCAUCCUCACACUCCC